AUGAGUUUAGUUUUCCAGAACAAGAAACCUCGCAAACAGUAUGUCUUGGGUGACUUUGUCAAAUAUGCUACUGGCACAUUUGCGGCUCACUUCGUCGCCAUCUCCAACAUGGGUCUCUACGAGUUUGCAGAGAAGCGAUAUAUGGACGAAAACAACAAUCACAAACUUGUCAUAUGGUUCUGCUACAUUGGCGGUACGAUCAAUAAUGGUGAUACUGUACGCGGUAUGACGCAGGAACGAAAAUUUCAACGAGCAGUGGUUGAAUUUGCUAUUCACUUUAUCUUCCUCGUGAGCGGGAGAUUGAACCAAACCUUGGAUAUAACAAACCCGGAUUUGCUUGGUCAUUUCAAGCUUGCCCUCGUAAAUCUUCUACGGAAUCGGGAGGCUCACGAGGCGGCUCACCACACUCCAACCAAAAGACUUGCGACACGCGUUGAGGAGACAGCUAUCACUAAGAACGAAGCGCGUCCUUUCAAAGUUAGUGAGACGAGGUAUGAGAAUUCUACAUCUGAAAUCAUACGACGGCCUCUGCCGCCUAUCGUUGCGGCUUCACUAAACCGUAGAGUUAUCGAUCUAACGCGUGAUGUUCCUGGAUCUUCGCCUCAAGUACUCAAUGAGCGUGUAAUUCUCGAGCAACAAGUGCGAGAUCUCAGAGCGAAGCUCGAAGAAGAAAAGGUCAAAACAAAUGCACUUGAAGCGAGGCUGGUUCGAGAGAAAGCCAUACGGCAGAGAUUACGAGAUCAGCGGGAAAGAUGGACUAUACAGAGGCAAGCCUUGAAGGUGAAGGUUGCUGCAAAAAGACAGCGACUAGCACAGUGCAAAGCGACCGCGCUUGAGUAUCAGCUUCAAAUUGCAGCGGUGAAGGAAGAGCUUGGGUGUGAGAAGAAAGCGAGGAUGUUCUGGCAGCACAAGCACAACAGCUUGCCAAGAAUGCUGCUUGACCGUAGCCGACUUGCUGUUACUUCAGGGGCUUCAAAUGAUCAGGAGUCGAGUGUGGUGUUGGUCAGAAUACCAAAUGCAGGAGUACACAAAGGCUCAUUCGGUUCUGGCCGUUCUCAACCGUUGUGAAUACAACUUGUCAGGCUCCCA